CUGAAGUCAAGCCGGGGGUGGAAGCAUAUCUGCCGCAGGAUUCCAAAAUUUAUGAUGGUAUAAAAGUGGCGGUUGAGUGGAAUUGGAUUAUAGUUCGAUAGCUCACUUCAAUCAGUUAACACUGAAAUCAAUCUUUAAGUCAAGAUGUUCACCAAAUUGAUUUGUAUUGCCGCCCUGGCUAUCUCGUGUGCCUCUGCAAAGCCGGGAGUCGUCGCUCCGGUGGCCUAUUCCGCCCCAUUGGUUGCCGCUGCUCCGGCUCCAGCUUUCGUGACCGCUCAAAGCUCCCAGGUCGUUGCUCGUAACUACAAUGGAAUCGCUCCAUUGGCUUACACUGCUGCCCUUCCUGCUCCCGUGGCUUAUGCUGCACCAGUUGCCAAGGUCGCCGCUCCUCUGGCCUACGCCGCCCCGGUAGCCAAGGUUGCUGCCCCAGUAGCUUAUGCAGCUCCAGCGGCUCCUCUGGCCUACGCUGCGCCAUACGCCGCUCCAUACGCUGCUCCCUACGCUUCUCCCUAUGCCGCUCCCUAUGUUGCUCCUUAUGCAGCUCCUUUUGCUUCGCCAUACGCUGCCUACCGCUACAGCCCGUACGUGCUGUAAAUGGAUGAUUAGCCAGUAAGGACCGAACAUGUGAUAUCCAAAUGUGAGAGCAGGCUAUAUUAUUGUUGCAGUAGUAUGAUAAGUUCAGAGGAAUACAAAUCAUUUUGAAACCGAACAAAAA